AUGGGGGACGCAGUACACAUAGCGAAAUCGGUCGAGCUAGGGUCUAGAGAUGCUGUUGAAUUGAAUGAUGACAGAGAUGCUCAAUCAGUUCACCCUAGUGUAGACCAUGCUGAAAUCAGCCUUGUACGUCAUGGACAAACAGACUGGAACAUUGAUCGUAGAAUUCAGGGUCAAUUGGAUGUGAAAUUAAAUGAAGUUGGAAGGCAGCAAACACAUGCGGUAGCUGAUAGACUAUCCAAAGAACGUGAAAUCUCUGCUAUUUACUCGUCUGAUCUAAAACGAGCUAUCGAGACAGCUGAAGUGAUUGCAGCCACUUGUGGUGUGAGAGAGGUUAUCAAAGAUCCAGAUCUACGGGAACAAAAUCCAGGAAAGCUUCAAGGCCUUAGUUCAAAAGAGGCAGCUAGACUUUAUCCCCAGAUUUAUGAGGCCUACCGGUCCAUAAGUUGUGAUCAAGAAAUCCCUGAUGGUGGUGAAAGCAAGGAUCAAGUUUACCAGCGAUGCACUAGUUGCUUGCAAAACAUUGGCUUAAAGCACAAAGGGGAGCGAGUAGUAGUCGUCACUCAUGGAACCGUGCACACGUCUAUCUACCGGCAGGCUCGCCCGAAUGAAGGUCCUGCACCGAAGGUGCAAAAUGGUUCGAUCAGCAUUUUGCACUUGUUUAGCAGGGACGACUGGGUCAUAAAGUCCUGGGGUGAUCAUAGCCAUCUCAACCAAACAGAAGAGAAGCUCUAG